GAUUUGGCUCUACAAUCAGCAUCGGUUGCGUUUGGAUAAAACGACACACAGGCGAUCAGAGGCUGAAAUCCAGCCGGAUGAAGCCUCACGAUGCGCGGAUUGAGGGGGAAUCUGUAGGCCUGGUAGCUUAGUGCGAGGGUGUGUGAUCCGAAGCUGCAAAUUGAUCACACACAAAAAGAAAAAAAAAAAAGGCGACGCAUUAGAAAUGAAACACUCCAUCUUCCAUCUGCUUUAUUAUCUCUGACUGAUCUCGGUUUGAUACCAUGGAAGUGAAGCACAAAUAAAGGUAGGAUGCAUCCGGCUUGGUGGAAGGCUUCAUGUCUUCAUCCUUAUGAAACGCAUCUGUGGUUUGGUGCCUCCUCCUCUCCCUGCUGCUGCUGCUGCUGCUGCUGCCAAACUGGGCCAAAUCAGCGCUGAGGGGGGUCAGAACCAGAGCAAGUCUUGGUCACUGCUUGUCUAAUGUGGUGACUGGAGGUGGGCAGAGCACCCAAACAUGAUGCUCCAGUAACUACUGCAACAUAUCUUCACUCAGGCACAUCAUGAAGGACAGCAUCGCCAAUAACAGCACGGCCAGCAUCUCCCAAGCCAGGAAAGCAGUGGAGCAGCUGAAGAUGGAGGCCUGCAUGGACAGGAUAAAGGUCUCCAAAGCAGCUGCAGACCUGAUGGCGUACUGCGACGCCCACACACGCGAGGACCCCCUCAUCGUUCCCGUCCCCGCCUCCGAGAACCCGUUCCGGGAGAAGAAGUUCUUCUGCACCAUCCUCUGAUGAGCCGCCGCCGCCACAGCAGCCGCUACGAGUGCAGGCUUGGCGUUGCCUGGCUUCUCUGUCUUCACCACACCUGAAGCUAUUGGCCAUCAAAGGCGUUGAGUUGAGUUUUGCCUGGUGGACACUCUGUUGUUGCUGGUCAGCGCUGUCUUAGUGGCUGAGGGUUUUGGGGGAGUCAGCCACCGAACUGGCAACCCAGUGAGCGUUACCAUGUCUUGUUAAAUAGGUUUGUUAUUGCUUUGUUGUUAGAGAACAGCCUUGCUCAGUGCUUAAUGAGAUGAAAGAUGUGGUUUUUUUUUUCCUUUUUCUUUUUGAAUUUUCUUGUGCUAGAUCGUAACUUGCCUCAGAAAACAGAAGAUUUGCCCAGUGUUAAACUUUUAUAUCAUGUUUUCCCCUUUUACUUCAUCUAGAGCAAAGUUUACAACAUUUUUAAUUCAUUUUCUUAAGAGUGAUGCAGUUUGAUUUUAUAGCAACAUUGAAAUUUAAUUUGAUGCCUCCUUUUAAUCUGACAGGAGAGUCUCAGAAAAUUUAUUUUCUUUUUUGGAGCCUCAAGCUGGAAAAAAGCAACUUCAAAUUUUAUUUAAACUCAAGAUUUGACUUGGACUCAUGGACUGAAACUCAAGUCUGAUUGGGAUUCUUUAUAAUCAGAGGUUAAAACAAUCUGAUAUGACUGCAGCUCUGACACAUAAUACAUAGUAUCUGUAUUAUAUUCCUAUGAAAACAUUAACCUGAUUUAUUCACUUCACUCUAGCUACUUCCUGCUUAUCAGAAUAAAAGCAUUUCCAUUAUUUUUAUUAAAAAAUAUCAUAAUACUUACUUAUAUACUCUUUCCACAGUGCCUCAGGCAUAACGUUUUUAAAUCUAUAUCUUACCUGUGAGCAUAUUUACCUUUUAGGCUUUGCAAAACGAUUUUAAAUAAUUCAAAUUGAGGUGGAGAAAAACUUGUAAACCUCAAAUAGUUCAGCAUAGAGUUAAGGAGUACAAAACUUUAAUGCAGGGAUUGACUAAAUUAAAGCAUGUGGUUUCAUUCAUUCACAAAUUGACGAUGUGAGAGCUGAUGGAGACAUAAAUUCUAUGAACUUGGCUUUAACUCAAACCAAAUUGGUUUGAUUGGGAAGCAAAAACGCAACAUUUGUUACAUGUUUGUUGCUAUUGUAUAACUAAGUUCAUCAUUAUAAUAACGACCACACAGGUGUCUCUCCAGCUGAAUAAAUUUCAUAUUAAACAUCAUGUAUUUGAUGAAAAAAUGACUUUAGUUUUGAAUUGAGAGAAAUGACAUCUCCACUUCACCCAUCAGGAUUCGCCAGAAGCACAAAGAAACUGUUUCCUGUAAUAAAUAAUUUAAUUUGCACUGAAAAUAAGAGAGAGGAGGCUGCAAAUCAAUUCUGUUGCAAGUAAUUAGAUUGAAUCUAUUUAUUAAAGGGCACAAUGACAACAAUCAGGUGACUUUUUCAAGGUUAUCACAACAAACACAAAUUAUUCAUUUGCUUUGGUGUUCUCUUUGAUUUAUUUCCAGUUUAUUUUAUCCCCUACAAAUAAGAGACAUUAUGAGGUCGUGUUGCUCCCAACUAGAGUAUUAUCUUUGAGUUUGCAAGAGGAGUUUUCCUGCCUGUUUAUUUUCUGGGCCUGUUUCCUGAGACUGGUUACUUUUAUUUAUUUAGUUUUUUGCCUGUCCAAUAGAGUGAAUGGCACGGCCUUUGACAUUAAUGCCGGACCAGAGGCCUGCAUGUUUCUCCACUCCUCCUCUUUUUGACAGCUUCCUCUCUUUCCGAGGGACUGUGGGUCUUUUAGAGUGUACAGUAUGUUACAGUGCCAAUUUCUGUGAGAGCAGCGUGAUUCUCACCCUGCAGGCCCUGCAGCCCUUUCUUUCCCUUUUGUUCGUUUCGGCAGAGAAAGCACACUGUCGAAACGUCUCCUUUACAUUGUAGUUGAAUAGCAUUUGCUAAUUUUUACAAUAACUUGUUAUGAUCGUUAAUAUUAUUGUUAUUAUCAGUAGUAAUAUUAAAUAUUUGUUGCACAGCACUGACAGGUACAUGACGUGUAGUGCUACUAUAAGCUUGUAUUAAGAAACAAUUGUUUAUAAAUCAUUGCAAUUAUUGAUACUAUCUCUGUAUUUUUUAAGAACAACAAUAAGGGUUGUUUACACGAUAUGAUCCCUUUAGUGGUUCAGGCCUUUUUUUGCCUCUUUUCUGUAAAAUUGAGAGAAAUUUCCUCCCUCCUGUUACUUGAAUUUUACCUUCAACAUACAAAUCGCACCCCUGGUACAGGUUUGUUUACGGUUUUAUUUCACAUGAAGAUGGUGCCAAACAUACAACAAAGAUUAAAACAUCUAAAGAUGAAAAAUGCAUGGAUUUGUUUCUGUCUACAACAGGGAGCAUUGUUCUAAUAUGAAAUGUUGCACCGUCAUUGACUUUUAUUGGUGUUUCAGUGCCAGAUGUAAUUAUUGGCACCACUGGUAAAAGGUAAUGUAGAAAGCAUUAAAAUCCAAUACAUUUCUUUUAAAAAGAGAAACUUUAUCUCACACUAAAUAUUUGGGAAAAUUUCAACCUUUAAUUUUAGUACAGAAGAAAACCUUAUUCUAAAAAGCAAUCAUGUUUUUAUUCACAUAAAACAGAUUGUUCAGAUUAUUCUGCAUGGCUCUUAUUGGAUGUUGGAUAAAUGACCAUAAAGAUCAAAUGUUGUGGAUCACUACUCCAUAUAAUGAAGCAUUUUGUGUUGCUUUUUCUAUGGCAAAGAAUGCUCUGCACUGGAAAAAUACAAACUAAUUUGGGUCAGUUUCAAGUGCAAAUAUUGUAGUUCACUUAAUAUAAGACAUAACUAACUUUUCAGCAACACAUAGGAGCUUGUUUUAAGUUAAUGAUUCCUUGAAAUGAUUUUAAAAAUACUAGUUCUAUUGGAAGAUAAAUUCACUUAUAACAAGACAUUUUUCCCAUGUUAUGAAUGAAAUUAUCUGUCGACGGAACUAGUACUUAUUCACCAAUAUUAAGACUUAAAACACGCUCAUAUUUCCUGCUGAAAGGAAAUUUUCUUUGAAGGAACUAACAUCAAAAGGUUGGUUUUCAACAUUUUUUAGUGGGAUUAACAAAUGCUGCAAAACAGGCUGAAUUUAUUUUGAGAAUAUUUAAGCAUCUUUACCAGCGGUGCCAAUAAAUGCGGCUGGCGUUGUACUCUGCACAGUAUGAUCACACUGGAGCCUGGAUGUGUCAAUGAAACAAGCAGCUGUAUGAAUGGUAAUAUGGAGGAAAAGCAUUUAAAUAGAAGGCUUUGUAAACCCUUUGAAGAAUCAAAUGAAUUAAAGGAAAACGGUAACCCA